AUGAAAAUGAAGAAAAUUUUUCCUUCAAAUACUUAAAACUAUAACUCUGUUCCUUAAUUCGAAUAAGAUAAUACAACUGUACUUAGAAUGUAUCAAUCAACUAUUUCUAAACCUCCACUUUCCGUAGUUCCAAGCGAGGCCAGUCAAACUUACUACUAAAUUAUAGAAAAAAAUAAAUUAUAAUACCUUGAUUACUAUAAUCAAUUCAAUGAAAUGAGAUUCAUGGAAAAUAUGGCAGGUUUUUUGAAUUAAUAACUUAAGGCUUAAAAUCAAAACAGUAAAAAUAAGUUCUUUUAGAAAAUUUUCUCAAUAUGUUUGAUGAUAUGAUCUCUUGCCUAAUUGUUAUAUAAAAUACUUUGCUUCUCAUUAACUUUGAUCUACCUGAUUUUCAAUAACUUUAUAAUGUAUCUCCAAGCACAAUGGCAGACAUAUUAUUUAAAGAUAUUAAAGUAAGAUAUUCAUAUUCAACUGUUAUUAGACAUUAGAAGGACUUCAUUUAGAAAUAUAAUUCUCUUCGUCUCUUCGAUUUUUAGAAACAGUUUUAGAGGCACUUGAAUUCAAUCCAGACCACUCUAAUAAAAUUCAUCAAUUAGAUGUUAAAUAAUGGUCUCAAAAGUGUUAUAAUCAUCUCAAUAAUUUUAUGAUUGCUCAAUAAUAAAUAAAAAAUUCUUAACGAUCCUGUUGUUGUUUUAAAUGA